GUGUAAGUAAACAUACUGUUCAAUGAUAGUGUAAUAAUUUAGGUAAUUAGCCUAUCACACGGCGUUAACAGCACAAAUAGACCUCACGGCCUGCGAUCAUUGCCACAGUCCUAGAGACCUAGGGAGUUAGAGACCCGAUGGAGAGUCAGUGACGGAGUGAAAAAAAGAGCCUGAGAUUUAUUACGGAUUUUUACCCGAGUAGGACUCUACUCCCGGUGUUUAUAAAGAUUCAUAGCCUAUUUGGAAACAGUGACGAUGCAUCCAGUUGUACCUCAAGCAAAGAGACCCAAUGGUUUUAGCAUAGACUCCUUGAUGGGAAAGGAAGCGAGAGCCGCACACACGCCUACAUCGUCCAGCGAGGCCGUCCUGUCAAACAGAGACGGCCUAGGACUCGGCAGCAGCUUUCAUCCCGUAACGUCAUCCAGCACUUUACUCGGAAUGAAAGGAUUGUAUGAUCCCCAGGCCUUCCUCGCAGAGGCAGGGUUUGGAUUAGGACAUUUUGGAAUGGCUAGCCACCCGGCGUUCGCGGGGGCUCUUCACCACGCGGCAGUGGCUGCAGCUGCCCUCCCCGCACACGCCUCUCCGGCCCCGCUUCACCCAAUGCUCCUUGGCAAUCCACAGCGAGAGCCGUUCCCUUUCUAUCCUUGGCUGAUGUCUAGGCAUGGCGGAUAUCUGGCACACAGAUUUGCAGGUCCCGAGACAAGUUUACUACUUCAGCCCUUCCGCAAACCAAAGCGAAUCCGGACAGCGUUUUCCCCGUCACAGCUUCUGCGACUUGAGCAUGCUUUUGAAAAGAACCAUUACGUGGUGGGACAGGAGAGGAAAGAGCUGGCAGCUAGCCUAAAUCUAUCAGAAACACAGGUCAAAGUGUGGUUCCAGAACAGGCGCACAAAGUACAAACGUAUGAAGGCGGAAGAAGGUGACACCGCCCCGUCUCCAGGCAAACCCCCUGGUGCUUCGGACGACGAAGAUGAAGAGGAGGAAGAAGAGGAGGAGGAAGAGGAGGGUGAUGAGGAACAUAUUCUCCAUCAACAACAAUUACAACAGCUACAGCAGCACCAGCAACGCACACUGGAACACAAAGCUAAAGCUAACCAUGACACUCAUAAAGACUUUAAUGCCAAAAGACCGAGCACAGACGACGAUCGGCCGUCAUCUCCCACCAAAAAACAAAAGAUUUCACAUGAACACCAUCUGAAUAAAUGGAAAGCUGAGACGAAUCAACUGAAAACUGUAUGAAGACAAUAAGGAAAAUCCCCCGAAAUUGAAAAUAUCAUUUGGAGAUCCCCACUCGCAGAUCUGUUCGCGUGUUCUCCAGUGGGUUUGCCAAGACGCCAGCUCUCGGGUCCUUCCCGAAAUUUUGCACGCACGUGUGCUCGUGCUCUAGCACGCUCUCCUAUGCCAAUGCCAAAAUCACCUUUAGUUCACUGAGAGUGGCACAAAUUCUUUGUUCUUUUUUUUUUCUGUAUUACAAGGUGCACUCAAAACUGUCAAUAAAGCUGCGCCCAGAAUAUGCCAAAAACUUAUCACAAAAUAACAACAAUAAAGAUAAGAAAAGGAAAAAAUGCACACUACAGGGGAAAACUUUGUUUGCCACUGAUCAUUCACAUGCCAAGUUAAAGACCAAAAAUGAAACGACAUUCGGCGGCAAGCUUAUGCGGGCGUCGCGAACUGCUGGGAAAGGAAAAUGUGCGACGGCGCUAAUAGCGUCAAGGGAGCGGAACAUAAGUAAAGGAAAUUAAGAAAUCUGCCGGCGAUGAAAUCUACAAUGCACCAUUACCACUGUAAGGGAGCACACAGCGUUGUUGAUUACCCGUCAUUUGUUCGACAUUAUUCCACAGCCAGCAUAUUCGAACAGGAAGCGUUGGAUUGAAGGCGAGUCGUCCGCCGCUAUAAAAACUCUAUUAAUUUCAGCUAAAGUUACACGGCAAUCAUCAGAAUUCAUUUCAGCCGCUCUUCACAUCGCUGCGAACGCUUUGUUUCCCCAGAAACCGAUCCCGCACCAUCAACGUCCAUUAGAGUGUAUUUGAUAGUAUAUGAUGCGUUUUGGUGUAAUUUAUUCAUAGAAGCGAGUCAGUCAUCGCGUAAUUAGCGAGGGGAAGCCCACAUAGACUUGCUGUAUUUCUAUUGUAUGAUUUUGUUUGAGAUUGGUGAUCAAAUUUCCUUAAGUUGUUAUAACGGAUGCGGUUUAUUUCGUAGGAUUUAGUCAAUGGUGAUAUCGAACCUUGUGUUAAUGUAUUGUACAAAAUGACGGUUUACAGCGUGCAAUAUAUUAUGACUAGAUUGCGUUCCAAAUUACUUGGAUGUAUUGAUGAAAUUGUUUUCGCGCUGAUUUGUGUCUGUUACAGUUGAUCUUGUUCAGCGGCAGAGAAUUGUACAAUCAAUACUCGUGGUGAAAUAUUACACUUAAUGUACUUGGAAUUUAACUUGAUACUACUUGUGCCUCGCGAAACAUUCCCACCAAAGUGAUUUUUUAUUAUCAAUGUGUAAAUAAAUUGAUAUGAUUACACCAUACAUG